UUCGCUUCUCAUCUUCUUCCCGUCGCCGGAGCCCCAAGAAACCAAGAACCCCCGCCUCCCUCACUCUCCACCCCGCAGCGACCCCCGCCUCUCCCCGUCGCCGGCGACAGAUGGAGCAGUUCCAUCACGGCCACCACGUGCGGCUGAGCAGCCGCGUGCACGGCUUGUACCUGCACGCCGACGAGGACGGCCAUGGCGUCUCCCUCCGCCACCGCCGGGAUUCGACGAACGUUGUGUGGGCGGUGCACGUGUACGAUCCCUACGUCGAGGAGGGGCGCGUACUCCUCCAAAGAGCCGCCUACGGCCGCUACCUCGCCGCCAGGGCCACGGUCGCGCCGGCGCCCCGCAGCCACCGCAUCAUUCAGCGCAACCACUACCAUCCGGGGUUAGUGGAGAUUAUUUGGGAGGUCCACAGGUCCGGGUUCGAGGGCGACGUCGAACUCCGCCUCCGCCACGCCGGCGCCGGCGCCGGCUACCUCUGCGCCGCCAACGGGAGGUACCUCCGCUGGAAGGCCAAUGGCGUCAGCGUCGACAGCAUCGACAACCUCAGCGUGAUGAUGCACUGGGUCGUGGAGCCCAUCUCUGCCGCUGCCGAGGGGAGCAUUCCUCGCCUUCCACGUCAGACUGGGCUCCCCCUCCCCGGAAGCCUGACUAGACUGUUGCGAUCGCGGGCGAUCGAAUGCCAGGAGGUGAGCGCCGACGGGACCCGCAUCAGCCACGGCGCGUUCGAAUUCAGGGGGAGGUCCGUAUUCCGCCUGAGGAAGAAGCUGGUCAGGCGGCUGCGUGUCGCCAACCUCGUCAUGUGCUUCCCCACACGUGAUGGUCGGCUUUUUCUACUCCUCGUCGACCUCCUGCCCACCAGCGGCCCGCUCUUCCACAUCGUCGUCGUCACGCCCGGGACUCCUGCCCACGCGGCGCUGCGGUACCCGGAUGUCGAUGCCUAGUACAGAGAUGCCAGAGACAGGACCCCUACAAGUCAUCUUGCUGUUCACAUCUUCAGAAGUGCCGCCGCCUCAGACACAACGACAAGAGAUAUGGGUUCAGGAAAACCCACCAGUUAUUGUGUUUCUGCUAGUUAAACUUGGAUUGUCCUCCUGACAGUAGGAAACCUAUUUGCUUUGCCAUCACGGUUCUAAAAUUCUGAAACUGUUUGAACAAUGGUGCAGUGACAUUGGUCUGUAAUACGUUGGCAAUGGCCACUACUUCAACGUUGUUAGCCGCAUUUCUCUUAGAUCGAGCAUCUGGUGUCAACACAGAUGUGGUGGUUCUUUCUGUGAGUUGAACAUGGUUCCUGCUGUGUUUGUUGUUCUUGCUGCAUUUCUCUUAGU